AUGGUUCAAUUGCCGUCGCUGCAUUUCAGUCCUUGUGAUGUCUCUAGACAUGUCAAGCCGCUCCAGAACGAAUGCACGCUGGGAUGGGAUAACCUCAGCUAUACCGUGUCCCGCCGAGGGCAACACUCCAAAGUCAUCAUCAAUCGCGUGUCCGGUCGGGCAGCUCCUGGGGAACUGGUAGCCAUCAUGGGACCAUCUGGAAGCGGCAAGACCACGCUGCUGGACAUCCUCGCGGACCGCAUCUCCUCUGGCCAAGUGACGGGCCAGAUCGACCUCAACGGCCGCCCUCGUCCAGUGAAAACCUUCCGCCUCUUGUCCUCUUACGUGUCUCAAGAAGACGCGCUCACGGGCUCCUUCACGGUGCUGGAGACCCUCCGGUUCGCUGCUCGGUUGAGUGUACCCGCUAACGUCCUCGCCACCGAGCGGGAAGGUCGGGUCCAAGCUGCCAUCGACGACAUGGGGUUGCGGUCGUGCGAACACACCGUGGUGGGCGAUAUCUUUCGCAAGGGCCUCUCGGGGGGGCAGAAGCGCCGGUUGAGCAUCGCCAUCGAACUGCUCAGCAAGCCCACGAUCUUGUUGCUGGACGAGCCCACGUCUGGGUUGGAUGCGGCGUCCACGUACAACGUGAUGGCGUACAUUCAAAAGCUGUGUCUGUCGCAAAAGCACACGGUCAUCUGCACGAUCCACCAGCCCAGCACCAAAGUAUACACCAUGUUUGCCAAGGUGUUGGUCUUGGCCCAGGGCGAAACCGUUUUCUUUGGGUCCCCCCACGACUUGCUUCUUCAUUUUGCAAACAUUGGGUACCCCUGCCCGACCUACUCGAACCCGGCCGAGUACUACCUAUCGCUAGUCAACACGGAUUUCCCCGGGCACGGGGACGUCGAUGCCCUCGCUGGGGGAUUUGCAUCUAGUACCUUUGCCACUCACACCAAGUUGCAAGUAACGGGGGACCGAUCCCGUUCAGACUUUGCCCCGCUGUCGAAAGCCGACUUGCGAGAGAUGAAGCCAUCUGUGGGACGCCAAUUCCUGAUGGUGCUGCAGCGCACGGCGCUGGAGAACGUGCGCAACCCUGGUAUCUUCUGGAUGCGCUUCGUCAUGUUCUUUGCGCUCUCGGCCAUGUCUGGCACGUUGUACCUCAACCACGACCACCAACUAACCGACGUCGACUUGGUGUCGCUGCUCUUUGGCGCGCCGGCCUUCACGACGUUCCUCAGUGUGGCGGCCCUCCCCUUCUUCCUGGACCAGCGCGCCGUGUUUUCCCGUGAAAGGGCCAACAGCGGGCUCAACGUCGGCGCGUACGCCGUCGCCACGUUCGUCGCGGGGCUCCCGGGGCUGGCGCUGCUGGCCAUCACCACGACGGUGAUGGUGGUGCCCAUGACUGGUCUGCGGGGGUUCGGGUCGUUCUUCGGGAUCAUGUUUGCCAGUCUCACCAGUGCCGAGUCGUUCAUGUGUGUGCUGGGGGUGCUCGUGCCCAACGCCAUUAUGGGCAUCGCCGUCGGAUCGGCCUGCUUUGGCAUGUUCGUUCUCACCGAGGGCUUCAUGGUGCCUAAGCCAGCGAUCCAGCCGUACUGGCUGUGGGGACACUACCUCGGCUUCCACACGUACAGCUUUGAAGCGCUCGUGGCCAACCAAUUCCAGGGCGUGAAUACUCCCAGCGCCGACGCCGUUUUGACCCGAUUCGAUCUGCAUGAUGUGCAUGUGGGGUCCCACGCCGGCGUACUCGUCGGGUACGCGCUCGUGCUCCAAGGACUUGGAGGGGUGCUCUUGUACGUGCUGCACACCGGGCGUAGGUAAUCGACGUCACAAUACAUGACAAAUAUAUAUAGAUG